GCUCUGCGCGCGGAGUGAAACGUAGCUUCAACUUGGGGAGACACGGCCUAGAAGUUCUUUUGUUGGCCUCAAUUCCAUCUUUUUUUCUUUUUCUCCCAUCCUAUUGAAUUCGAAUCGGACGCAUCUCCAGCUCGUCUCGCAGAUCUACCAAUUUCCGUACGCUCCUGCGCCCGUGCAAUUGACAUCAGGAGCCAUGUUCAACAUUCGGCGGGUCUUGCUGGCCGCCACGCUGCUGGUGGGCCUGUCGCUUCUCUUCUCGCAGCCGGCCGCCGCUACCAAGGGGCCCAAGAUCACCCACAAGGUCUACUUCGACAUCACCCACGGCGAUGAGCCGAUCGGCCGUAUUGUCAUGGGCCUCUACGGCAAGACGGUGCCCAAGACGGCCGAGAACUUCCGGGCGCUGGCGACCGGCGAGAAGGGCUUCGGCUACGAAGGCUCCACCUUUCACCGUGUCAUCAAGCAGUUCAUGAUCCAGGGCGGCGACUUCACCAAGGGCGACGGCACCGGUGGCAAGUCCAUCUACGGCGAAAAGUUCGAGGAUGAGAACUUCAAGCUCAAGCACACCAAGAAGGGCAUUCUUUCCAUGGCCAACGCUGGCAAGGACACCAAUGGCUCGCAGUUCUUCAUCACCACCGUCAUCACCUCCUGGCUCGAUGGCAGGCACGUCGUCUUCGGCGAGGUCCUGGAGGGCUAUGAAGUCGUGGAGCUGAUCGAGAAUGCCGAGACCAAGCCGGGCGACAAGCCCGCCAAGGAGGUCAAGAUUGUCAAGAGCGGCGAGCUGGAAGUCCCUGCUGAAGGUAUCCACGUUGAACUGCUUGUCCGCGCCUGAACGAUCGGUCUUGGAGAAGGCCUUCUUCUUUGGUGUUAUCGUGGCCGCCGUUGCCCUGUACUUGCGUCUUUCCAAGAGCCGUCAGGCGGCGCGCGGUGUCCACGAGAAGAUUUUGGAGUAGGAGAAACAAGCCUUUUUAAUUCGGGUUUUGGGGGAGCUUAUAGACCAGCUCCCCGUGAAAGAGAAAGUCAACACCAGGCAGAAUAUGUUUUGUGUUGACUGGUUCCUAUUUUUGGGCGGCAUUUCUGACUUGCUCAGGGCAUCACGUGGGGUUUUGUGAGACAAAUGUACGGAUACCCGAGCUAAAUUUUUAGAGCAACUUUUUUUUUUCUUAACAGCAAGGUU